UGUGAGUGAAACCUGAACGAAAUAAUGGCAGAAGCUGCUCCAGCCCCCGCUGCGGCCCCAGCAAAGGCCCCCAAGAAGAAGGCGCCCCGUGCCAAGAAGACUGGUCCAAGUGUGGGCGAGCUCGUCGUCAAGGCUAUCUCUGCCUCCAAAGAGAAGAAAGGAGUUUCUCUGGCUGCGCUGAAGAAAGCUUUGGCGGCUGGUGGAUACGACGUGGAGAAGAACAACGCUCGCGUUAAGCUGGCCAUCAAGAGUUUGGUGACAAAGGGAACUCUGGUCCAGACUAAGGGGACCGGUGCGUCCGGCUCUUUCAAGCUGAACAAGGCGAAGGCAGAGCCAAAGAAGAAGCCCGUAAAGAAGGCAGCACCCAAGGCCAAGAAGCCAGCUGCGAAGAAACCCGCCGCGGCAAAGAAGCCCAAGAAGGCAGCAGCCAAGAAACCAGCAGCCGCUAAGAAAUCUCCGAAGAAAGCAGCCAAGAAGCCCGCCACACCGAAAAAGGCAACGAAGAGCCCGAAGAAGGCCAAGAAGCCCGCUGCACCCAAGAAGGCAGUGAAGAGCCCCAAGAAAGCCAAGGCAGCGAAACCCAAGGCGGCCAAGCCUAAAGCUGCCAAGCCCAAGAAGGCUGCACCCAAGAAGAAGUAA